AUGCGGGCGGUCGGAGUCGCGGGUGUCGCUGAGCUGUGGGCCGUGCUGGCCGCCCUGAUGGCCGGCGCCGCGUCCGAAAUGGUGACGCUGGUGCAGGAGCAGGUGAAGCCCGAGUCGCCGGUGCUGCCGCCGAAGGUUAUGAUCGCGAUCCUGGCUCGGAACGCGGCGCACAGCCUGCCGCACUACCUGGGCUGCGUCGAGCGGCUGGAGUACCCGAAGGAGCGCAUAGCGAUCUGGGCAGCGACGGACCAUAACGUAGACAAUACCACUGCCAUGUUGAGAGAAUGGCUGAAGAGAGCGCAGCGCAUUUAUCACUAUGUGGAGUGGAGACCGAUGGAGGAGCCCAGCUCCUACACAGAUGAGUGGGGUCCGAAGCACUGGCCCCCUUCCAGAUUCAACCAUCUGAUGAAGCUGAGGCAGGCGGCCCUGAAGGCUGCGCGGGAGCGAUGGGCCGACUACAUACUGUUUGCUGACAGCGACAACCUGUUGACCAACCCUCGAGUGCUGAGCCUGCUGAUGGCCGAGAACAUGACGCUGGUCGCUCCCAUGAUGGAGUCUCGCUCUCUCUACUCCAACUUCUGGUGCGGCGUCACCCCGCAGGGUUACUACAAGCGAACCCCGGACUACCAGCCAAUCAGGGAGUGGAAGAGGCUCGGCUGUUUCCCUGUUCCCAUGGUGCACAGCACCUUCCUUUUGGACCUGCGGCGCGAAGCCAGCCGAGACCUAGCGUUCUACCCGCCUCAUCCGGACUACAGCUGGGCCUUUGAUGAUAUCAUGGUGUUUGCCUUCUCGGCACGUCAAGCAGGCGUGCAGAUGUACGUGUGCAACAGGGAACACUACGGCUUCCUGCCCGUCCCGCUCAAAGCUCAGCAAAAUGUGCAGGACGAAACUGAGAGCUUCAUACACACCAUCUCAGAAGCUCUGAUUGAACACGACAUGGAGCCGUCUCAGUACAUCUACGCUCCGCCGUUACCGCCAGACCCCGUGGGCUUCGAUGAUAUUUUCCUGAUUAACUUGAAACGCCGUCUGGACAGAAGAAGCAGGAUGUUGAAAACAAUGGGCGCCAUGGGCCUUCGUCCCACUCUGAUUGAUGCGGUGGACGGGAAAGCUCUAAAUACAUCCCAGCUGCAGGCUCUGGGAAUUGAGAUGUUGCCAGGCUACAAGGAUCCAUAUUCUGGUCGCGUCCUCACCAGAGGGGAGAUUGGCUGCUUCCUGAGUCACCACUCUAUAUGGAAACAGGUGGUUGAUCGUGGCCUGCAGAAGGUUCUGGUUCUGGAGGACGACGUGAGGUUUGAACCCAGGUUCAAACGAAGGCUUCAGGCCAUCAUGGAGGAUGUAGACAGAGCCCAGCUGGACUGGGACCUCAUCUACGUGGGAAGGAAGCGAAUGCAGGUGCAGCAGCCGGAGCAUUCAGUGGAGGGUGUGAACAACCUGGUGGAAGCCGACUAUUCCUACUGGACCCUGGCCUACGCUCUCUCACAGCAGGGGGCCCGAAAGCUGUUGGCGGUGCAGCCUUUCACCAAGAUGCUCCCUGUCGACGAAUUUCUUCCCAUCAUGUUCAACAAACACCCCAACGUUCAGUACAUGUCCCAUUUCGAGCCACGGGACCUGAAGGCCUUCUCCGUGGAGCCGCUGCUGCUCUAUCCCACCCACUACACCGGCGAGCCGGGCUACAUCAGCGACACCGAGACCUCCACAAUCUGGGACGACGAGGCCGUCGCCACAGACUGGGACCGGCAACACGCCCGCAAGACGGCCCAGCAGGGCCGCAUCCGGCCCGUGGCGCAGAACAGCGUCACCGGCGACUCGCCGCCUCCCGCUGCCCGAGCCUCACGCGACGAGCUCUGAUGGAUUCGGACGAGAGACUCGGUGAACGUCCCACGUGCGCGCGCUCCAAGAGGAAACCGGUGCUGGGAUACUGUACCAGGCGUUCACGCCAAUGGACAACAGGUGGAUUGCGGCAGAAAUCAGACGAGCCUCGUAUCUGCCGCUCUGGGGGGAAGGGACAAGGCUCGCAGAUUCUGGGACGAAGGCCAGCACGACUUUCACAAAGAGCUUUAUUUAUUCUCCAUGUGCGUGUGGAUCCAGUCCUGGCCUGAAAGACUUUACACAUGGAAGUCGGCUGACAGCAUUUACAUGAUGUGAAAAGAAAGGAAAGAAAUCUUUUGUGAAUUAAUUUCAUGUGUCAAAAGGAUUAUUAUUUUUAUUUAAGCGGAACAGAUGUGCGUCUAAGAGACUGCUGCGGAAUAAAAGAAACCUAAAGCUGACUGAAAACUUUUUUUUUUUUUUCACAAAGCUGUGCAUCAACAUCUCUAGGUUUUGCUCGCUGGUUUGUAUUUGUAAUUCUUACAGAACUGAGUGUGAAUGGGAGGACGGAGGCUGACGUUUUGUACCCCAGAGUCAUUUUUCAGAUGAUGUCAUGCAAACAGAAAAAAUAAUAAUAAUAAAAAUAUGCAGCGGUUUCUUCUUCCAAGCAGCAGGGCAGCAACAGAUGCUUUUCAUGGUCUAAAGUUUUUUUUGUUGCAGGAGGAAGAGGAUCUUUCAGAGCAGGCUGGACCUGCUUGUUUAAUAUUUCAGGGCAUCGUUUUGCUGCCAUGGAAGCAAACAAAGUUUUAAUCAGUUCUGUUAAUCUUAAAAAAAAACAUGCGAGUUUGUUUUUGUCUCUAAAAAAAGACUGGAUUCUUCUCUUGAACACGGGCUCUUCUUUGUUGAGUUGCGCUGCAGAGUUGGAGCAAUAAAAACGGCUUCUUCACUUCUCCUUCAUCUGCCUCCGCAGACUAAACGGGCAGAUGUUAUCUGUCUUUUUACACUCUUUCGGGUUGUUGUUGUACAGACAUGGCGGUAGUGUUUGGAGACAGUAAAAGAAAGAAAAAAACCUCCCUCGGCCUGAUUAAAACUCUUGAGACAAAUCACUUUUUCUUCUCUGCUGGGCUAAAAUAGUCAUUAACUGUGUGUAUGUUAUUGUUUAAAGGGUUUAGAACAAGCAUAACUUUCCUCUGAAUGUUCCCAUGACCUCCUGGGAAUCUCCUAUAAUGAAGAUAAUGGGAUUACACAGAUGGUGGUGAAACACAAUAAAAGCUUAGGCCUCCCUGUUAAUUUAAGGUUUUGAGCGUGGAUCGUGUAGGGAACAAUCCGUCUUUGUGGCGUGCUGCCUCCUGGUGUUCGACCAGUUCUGUGAAAUAUGUCUCACAGUUUUAUGCUUCCUGUUCGCUGUGGGAUCCGACUGUAGAUGGUGCAAGUUGGAAGGAGAGCGCAGACCCACAACUGAGGGGGAUCAUGAGCGACAUUUGCAGUUUCCUGCAGAGGUUCUCGCACACGUUCUGCGUUUUUGCUGGGAUUUUAUGUCUUAAACAAGAUUCACGACUUUCAUUUUUAACUGUUCACAAAUAAAAAUCUGAAAAGCAUCCGCGUCACUCCGACACCCAAAAAUGGAUACCGGUUAAACCGGUUGCUUUCAGAAGUCACAUAAUUUAGUAAAUGUGCAGAAUUGGAAACAUCUCAAUGUGAAUACAGCUGUUCUGCAGAAGCGUUUAAGGUUUUAUAGAGAACAUUGUUGAACACACAGCUUCAUAAAGAUCAAGGAACACAUCAGAGAGUUUAGGAAAAAUGUUCUGCAGAAGUUUCAGUGAGCCAAAGCUAACACCGCUCACCACCCUGAACAUAUUGGCCCCGCUGUGGAGCAUAGUUGUGGCAGCGUCAUGCUGUGGGGAUGUCUUUCUUCUGAAAGUCCAGAAAGAAAUUCAGAAUUUGACAAAAGUUCACCUUCCAGCCGGAUAGUGAACCUAUUUACAUAAUAAACAUGUUCAAAUUGUUUUUAUCAAAGUGAUUCAGGGAGGCUGAAGUUAAAGUUUUCUGAUUAAUAUUUAGGUUAAGAUGUAAAUUUUAAGUUUCUUUCUGUUUGUAAGCUUUGAAAACAAAAACACUUUGACGUUUGCAGCUGAAUUAUUUUAAAAUGCAAAAAAAGAAGGUUCAGGGGUGUGAAUACUUUUGUAUACUUGGUUCAGAAUAAGGGUGAAAAGUGAAUGCCUAAUUUGAUUUAUUGUUUGUUUUCAGCUGGGUUGGAAUACGAAGUAAAAAAAAAAAAACGAACAAACAAAAAACAUCUGGUUAUGUUUAGACAAAUAAUCUGUGUUGAAAAUACUGAGUCAAAAUAUAUUAACUAUCCUUCUAUUUGUGCGGCUGUGUUGUCAUAAAGUACAUUUUUGUUGCUGUUAAGAACUAUUUGUAGGUUUCUUCCUUACAGCGCUGGAUUUAAAUAAACCUUUUUGUCCUAUGCUGCCAUC